UCGAUUCUUUUGAAGGUGCCCAUGAGGUGUGUGCAGUGACUUCGUGAAGAAGUCUGGGAUGGCUCAAAUUCCCUUUUUUCGCGGAGAUGUAACAGCCACUUAGCAAGGUGCCUGUCUUCAGAGUUGAGACACCAUUACAUUUAACGCCUGCCCCCUCUGAAGCUCCGAUGGGACCUGAAACGUGUCCAGCCUUCAUGUAUUUUAUUUGCCGCCAACUUCCUGCCGUUCCCGUCCUUCCUUCCACACAGACGAGCAAGUCCUACGCAGUGUCGGCCGCGACACUGUCCCUUGUCUCCCGAGUUACUGAAUGUCACUUUACUGGGGCCGCCGCUGCUAUCUUGCUUCAUAGAUGCCACUGACCCCAAGGUGACGUCCUUUCCCUUCCCUCCCGCAUCUGUGUCUGAAGUCAGCACGCUGCUUUCUCCCCAAGUCCUGGCAUGCACCCCAACCUCUGCACUGGGCACCCCAGCCUCUCUUGCCUUCCCUGCUGGCGUUUUGGCUUCGUGCUGCCAGGCAUGUCCUGAUGCGAUCCCGCCAACUGCCGUUGCCACAUCCUGGCCACGGACCUCCCCCCCAAAGAUUGUCUGCCAGCUUCCCCUCGUAUCUUCUCUCCUGCCUCCAUUGUCUGUUCUGUCACCCGCUUGUCUGCCGGCUGGCCACUCCGCGUUUCUUGCCAGCGGUGCUCCUGUCCCCGUCGUCACGGCUCCAUUGUAGCAACUCAGCUGACGCUACUGGGCACAGUCACUGUGUCAGGCAGGAUUCUCAGCCCUUGACCGAGAAAACCUUUAACCCCCAGCAAGCAGGUGCAGCUUCAUUUCUGUGUACAGGUUUUUCCCACUCGGCGUUCACGUUCGGUAUUGAGAGCCACAUCAGCCAGUCCAACAUCAAUGGGACGCUAGUGCCGCCAGCUGCCCUCAUCUCCAUCCUGCAGAAGGGACUUCAGUAUGUGGAGGCCGAGAUCAGCAUCAACGAGGAUGGCACGGUGUUCGACGGCCGCCCCAUAGAGUCCCUGUCCCUGAUCGACGCGGUGAUGCCCGACGUGGUGCAGACGCGGCAGCAGGCCUUCCGGGAGAAGCUCGCUCAGCAGCAGGCCAGUGCAGCGGCCGCGGCCGCGGCGGCUGCAGCCGCGGCGGCCACGACGGCCACGGCGGCCCCGACAGCCGUUGCUCAGCAACAUCCACCAAAGAACGGAGAGGCCACGGUGAACGGGGAGGAGAACGGAGCCCACGCGAUAAAUAAUCAUUCGAAACCAAUGGAAAUAGACGGGGACGUUGAGAUUCCACCCAACAAAGCCACAGUCCUUCGGGGCCACGAGUCCGAGGUGUUCAUUUGUGCCUGGAACCCCGUCAGCGAUCUCCUAGCUUCAGGAUCCGGAGACUCAACGGCAAGGAUAUGGAACCUUAACGAAAACAGCAACGGGGGCUCCACGCAGCUCGUGUUGAGGCACUGUAUACGAGAAGGGGGCCAUGACGUCCCCAGUAAUAAAGACGUGACCUCCCUGGACUGGAACAGCGACGGGACGCUGUUGGCCACAGGCUCCUAUGAUGGUUUUGCGAGAAUAUGGACGGAAGAUGGCAACCUGGCCAGCACCUUAGGGCAACACAAAGGCCCCAUCUUUGCCUUGAAAUGGAACAAAAAGGGGAAUUACAUUUUGAGUGCUGGUGUAGACAAAACAACAAUUAUUUGGGACGCCCACACAGGAGAAGCCAAACAACAGUUUCCGUUUCAUUCCGCCCCUGCUCUCGACGUAGACUGGCAGAACAACACUACCUUUGCCUCCUGUAGCACAGACAUGUGUAUUCACGUCUGCAGACUCGGCUGCGACCGCCCCGUCAAAACCUUCCAAGGACACACGAACGAGGUGAACGCCAUCAAAUGGGAUCCUUCUGGAAUGCUGCUAGCGUCCUGCUCUGAUGACAUGACUUUAAAGAUCUGGAGUAUGAAGCAGGAUACGUGUGUCCAUGACCUUCAGGCCCACAGCAAAGAGAUCUACACCAUAAAGUGGAGUCCCACCGGGCCAGCCACCAGCAACCCAAAUUCCAACAUCAUGCUAGCAAGCGCUUCGUUCGAUUCUACGGUCCGACUGUGGGAUGUGGAGCGAGGCGUCUGCGUCCACACGCUAACCAAGCAUCAGGAGCCUGUCUACAGCGUAGCUUUUAGCCCUGACGGGAAAUAUUUGGCCAGUGGCUCCUUCGAUAAGUGCGUGCAUAUCUGGAAUACUCAGAGUGGAAGUCUGGUCCACAGCUACCGAGGCACUGGCGGCAUCUUCGAGGUGUGCUGGAAUGCCCGAGGGGACAAAGUGGGUGCCAGCGCGUCCGAUGGCUCUGUGUGUGUUUUAGAUCUCCGAAAGUAAACACAAACUAUCCUAGAAGAGAAUUCUAACGGACCAGCAGUGAAUGUGUGAAGCAGCAAUGCUCAGACACCGUUCUUUCCGCUCCAAAACUGUACGAACUUGACUUGCAUUAGAGUGUACUUGGAAAUCAGUUCAUCCUGGCCACAGGAGUCUCUACUUUCUCGUAAUCUUCAUCAAGAAGUUUAAAACAGAAACAUACACAGUCAUAUCAAAGGGGGAAGGAAUGGUUUCCACCCAGAACAUUCAGCCUGGGAAGCAUGGAGCCACCGGCUAGGCGGGGGCACGGUUUGCUUUCCAUCCAGAACAGGCUCUGAUAGUUGAGAGGAGAAAAGACGAAGAGGGGAAAAAAGAAGACAAACAAAAAAAGCUGUGCCAAAAAAGAAAAGAAAAAAAAAUGCUGUGAUAAAACCAAGAGUGGGGGAGGGGACUCUCCUCCACGUGGUGGGUUCGUUUUUUCCCCCUAACAAUUUGGACACUGCACUUGCUCUCACAAAGGAUGUUCAAAGACCAGUUUGUACCGAUGAAACGCGCAACUUUGUAAUCCCAACACUUUCUAUUUUCUAGAAUCUUCUUUGUCCGGUGGUUUUUGUAUUGGCUGGAAUCCUGUCGUCCGGGGGCCUUCGGUCUGAGAUGGAAACUGGUUUUGGUUUGUUGCUUCCUUCCCACUGUGUGCCCCCUCCACCUCUCCUUCGUGCGGUGUGGUGUUGGUUUGAGUACGCCUUCCGUAGACGCAGCCUCGUGGACACCAUGCCAGAAUCUCUGACGGUCGGCUUUCCCGUCCCUUCAUCCUCCCCUCCGCCCUUCUUCCCUCUCCCUCACCGCCCCUCGCUCACUCGCUGUCCCUUUCUCAUAGUUGCUUCGGAUCUUCGGUCUCAAGGGCACUUUCGGCGCAUAAUAAGUGCUUUAUGUAAGAAGGCAGGGCACGGGGACUUUUUACGGGAGAAAAAAAAAAAAAAAUACUUAUAAGAGAAAGAGCCCGGAGUAUUUUUGGAAAAAAAAAAUAUUUUUAUGUUAAAACAAUUUUAAAAUCCUAAAAUGGCCAUCAGACACAGAGAGCUUUGUGUGAUUCAUAUUUUAAGCAAAUCUUAGGAGGACACAGGCAGGGUCUGAGGUGGCCUUUCCGUUCCCUGCAGCAUCGUGAAAGGCGGUUAGGAAUCUGGGUGGAAAAGUCUGGGUGGGUCCUGGGGGUCAGCGGGGGGGAUGCUUCUGCAGCGAGAGACGCAAAUCCCGGCGCUUUUUGGUUCAAAGAAGAGUGUCGCAUCGUUUCGGGGUGUUCACCCUCGUAGCCGGCACGAGAGGAGUCAAGAACAGUGCCCUCUGACCCCAGGAAGCAUUUCCCAAACCAAAUGGAAUUGAAGAAGCCAUCCACACUGACAGCUGGGCUCCCUGUCACCUGUUAGCGACCUCUUGUUCACGGCGCUCUGAGUACCCACGGUCGCUUCGCCGAGAGCGGUUGACCGGUCCUUGCACAGCUCACCUAAAAGCCUCCGGGAUCUCACCCGGUGUGAUAGUGACAGAAAUGAACGGGAAAGGGAGACUCUCAGUCCUGAAGGUGAAUUACGUAGAUAGAACAUCACUAAUAAUUUCUGCUGUCUUCAUCAUUUCUUUCUCUCACAAGAGACCAGGAGAAAGAAUUUUUUUUUUUUAAUAAUGAAUCUUUUUACUGUUUUUAAAAAAUUAAACAUGGCUUUGUGUUCCUA